AGCUGCAAAGAUUUGAUUUCAAAAACAGUAUCAUAGCUAUUAAACUACUUGCUAUGAUUUUAAAUCUGUAUUUAACCCCAGAAUGAUCUCAAAGUAAAAAGGGGUGCUAAAGUCUGAUUUUGUGGUGGCUGUGCUUUGAAAUGAAAUGUAUUGUAAUCUGUGAUGAAAGAUUGUAAAGUCUGACAGUAAUCAGUGUUGACUUCUACUGUAAGGUUAACCUGCAUGCUUUACAUGUUUGAAAAUAAUUAACAGUUGAAAACAUUAGAAAAGUAAUCAGUUGCAUUACUUUAAUAAAGCAAUUGAAAUAGUUACACGAUAUUAAAUUGUGAAUAGGGUAGCCAAACUUGUAAUCUGCGUUGCAUUUCCAAAGGAACCGCCCCAGCUGUGCUGUGCUGACUGUGGACGCGCACAAUAAUCCAUGUCAGAUCUUUUUUUGUAAGUUUUGUAAGGCUGUUUUUCUUUUUUCCCCUCCUGCUCGUGUGUCCGUCCCCCUCUCCUCUCCUCUCCCACCCCUCGGGCACAUAACGGUAUAAGUGCGGUGGUUUCUCAUGGCUCCGUUAGUUCCCCAGCCCUCCUCUUCCUCCUCCAGGCUCCGCCGCACAUGCUCAGAGCCCCGCGCCGCGCUCCGCGUCUCCUGAGCGGCCUGUGCUCUCCUGCGCUCCCGCUAGCACAGAUGCUCUCAUGGAGCUCGAGUCUCGUUUGCGUCUGAGUCCACCAUGCACUUUAGGAUUUCAAUAAGAUGUAUGUGUGUUUUGAGAUAAUCAUUUUGCUUCUCUCCUGCAACUUCUACGCCUUCGUUUACACUCAGGAUCCGUCCUGCUGUCAUCAUGCUGCGGAGCUCUUUCCUCAGUGCAGAGGAGCCUGUGAACAGCUCGCGACCAUCAGGAGUGAAUCGCGUCUGAAGCACCUUCUCCUGCGUUUGCCCAGUUACUGCCCCGAGUCUCUGAGUGAACUUUGGAUCUGCAUCAACAAUACAUUGCCGGGGGCAUCAAAGAAGUCGGACGGAUGGGUGGGUUUGGGCUGCUGUGAGCUGGCCAUGUCCACUGAAUGUCGCAGGGACUGCAAACAGGCAUCGUCUAAAAAUGACAUCACUAAAGUAUGCAAGAAAGACACAGAGAAACCACUCUACAGCUGUAUCACCAAAAAUGAAAUGGGCUCAGUAUGCUGCAGUUAUGCAGGGAGACACACAAACUGCCGUGAAUACUGUCAGGCCAUCUUCCGCACAGACUCGUCGCCGACCGUCUCCCAAAUCAGCGCGGUCAAAGAGUACUGCCAGAGCAUCAGUCCACAGCUCAUCGGCUGCGUCACCAACUACACCAAAUCCUACCCCAUCCGGAGCCCCAUCGACAGUUUGUACUGCUGUGACCGGGCGGAGGAGGCUCACUGUCAGACGGCCUGUAAGCAUAUUCUUCGCACCAUGAGCACCGAGCAGGAGAUCAUGGAGGGUCUGAUCAGCGAGUGUGGCAGUCAGCCGCUGCCGCAGGACCCGCUCUGGCAGUGCUUCUUGGGCAGCGCACACCCGCCCACCAUAAGCGACCCCGAAUCGCCCCCGAUCGCCAAGAUGGACUACGCCAAACUGCACUGCUGCUUUAAGGCCAACACAUCCAGCUGCAGGAACAUGUGCUUGGAGAUCAGCACCAACUGGGGCACUCAGACGUGGCAGGAGUUCGACCAGCAUUGUGAAUACAACCCGGCUGAGAUGGACCUCAUCACCUGCUUGGCCGACGUCAGGGAGCCGUGCCAGUUAGGCUGCAAAGACCUCAGCUACUGCACCAACUUCAACAACAGGCCAACGGAGCUGUUCCGCAGCUGUAACGUUCAGUCAGACCAGGGCGCCAUGAGCGACUUCAGACUCUGGUCCAACGGAACCAUUAAGAUGCCCUUCAUGAACAUCCCGGUGCUGGACAUCAGGAAGUGCCAGCCGGAGAUGUGGAAGGCCGUGGCCUGUGCGCUGCAGAUCAAGCCCUGCUACAGCAAGUCCAGAGGAAGCGUCAUCUGCAGGUCGGACUGUGUGGAUAUCCUGACGCAGUGCGGCGAUCGCAAGCGCUUUCUGGAGGGACAGACGCCCGAGCGCAUAUGUGACCUGCUGUCUCCUACAGACGACCCGGAGCGCUGCAUCCCUCUCCACAGAUACCUCACUCCCAGUCCCUUUGAGAACACCAUUGAAGAAGUCAUCCACCCCUGCAACCCCAACCCCUGUCCCAGCAAUCACCUGUGUGAAGUCAACAGAAAGGGCUGCCACCCCGGACACGACUGCCUGCCCUACUUCUGCGUUCCUGGCUGUAAGCUGGGAGAAGCCUCGGAGUUCCUGGUGCCGGUGGACGGCCGGAUCCAGGUGCCCACCAGGAGCGGUCAGGUGGGCUGUUUCGAGGUGUGCACCUGCGGUCAGAGCGGUCGUCUGGAGAACUGCGCUGACCUGCCCUGCUUCGACACCAGCAAGACCUGCCUCAUGGGAGGACAGCGCAAGAGUCACGGUGUGUCGUUCCGAGUCGACUGUCAUCCCUGCUCCUGCUUCGCCGGGGAAAGCAUCUGCUCGUCUCGUCAGUGUCUGCGGUCCGACGGCUCAGACGAGGACAGACGGCUCUUCACAGGGCUUCCCUGCGGCUGCGCCGAUCAUUUCGUGCCAGUUUGCGCUCGCAACGGACGCACGUAUCCCAGCGCUUGUGUCGCGCGCUGCGUCGGCUUCAAGGACAACCAGUUUGUGUUCGGAUCCUGCAGGAGCAUCGACCCCUGCUCCCCGAACCCCUGCCAGAAGGACCAGAGGUGUGUCCCCAGGCGUCAGGUGUGUUUGACGGAGCUGUCAGAAUAUCCCUGCCUUCAGUAUGAGUGUGUUUCCCGUCCGGCCGGCUGUGACCAGAACCAGCUGGAUCCAGUCUGUGACACAGACAACAUGGAACACGCCAACCUGUGUCUGCUGUUCCAACGGAGCAAGAGCCUGGCCUACAUGGGACACUGUCAGGACGCGUGCAGGAAGUCCAGAGAGGUGUGUGGUCAUAACGGAGAAACCUACAGCACGGUGUGUGAAGCGUUCUCGGACCGUGUGGCUGUGGACUAUCAGGGUCGCUGUCAUGCGGUCGGCGUCGUGUCAGAGUUCACGUCAGACUCGGGCUGCAAUGCUGUUCCCUGCCCUCCGCUCUCCAGCCGCGCCUGCAACCCCGUCACGCCGCCCGGUGCCUGCUGUCCGGUGUGUGCGGGAAUGCUGCAGAUCCUCUGGAAUAAAGCACAGAUGAACAGCUUUGCUAAGCUGAACCGGAAUCAGCCGGUGACGGUCCAUGACAUCCUGAAGAUCUUGCGGCUGCACAUCUCUGUUCCUCAGUGUGACAUCUUCGGUUAUCUGAGCAUCGACUCUGAGCUCAUCUUCCUCAUCGUGCCCGUCGAUCAGCAGCCCACGCCUCUGCAGAUUGAAGCCUGCAGUAAAGAGGCAGAGAAGAUCGACUCGCUCAUCAACUCGGCCAGCCCUACGCUGGUGUCCCACGUGCCUCUGGCGGCCUUCCUCCACUCCGAGGUCAAGCUGUCCACCAUCAGCUCGGCCGCGCUCGACCCGCGCUCCCUCUCCCUCGGUGUCCUCCUCUCCUCACUCCUCCUGUCUCUGACAGACGCCCGCUGACCUCUGACCUCUGACCUCCACCGACGAGGACAAUCAAACUCCAGACUGUUCUCUCAGUAUUAAGGACUUCCUGAAGGAAACGGAGCUGCUUUCACAAUCUCACUGAGCUUUCCAACACUUUUGUACCUUUGUAAAAACAGCCUGUUGUUUUGUUUUUUUUAAGUAUGAUAUAUUGUUUGAAAUAUUUUAUUGUUCCUCUAAUGUCAAUCAGUUUUUAAAAAUUACAAAAACGAGGAACCCUGCCAUGUAAACAAAUAUGACAAUCGUACUGCUCAUCCGUGAAGUGGUAAACACAAUAUGCCUUGCUUAUAAAUUUAUAAAUAUAUAUAAAUGUAUGUGUAUAGAUUUUUUUUUUUUUUUUUUAUAAAUAUGAUGAAGUAUUGCAAAAACAAACCUUUAUUAUGUUGAAAAGUGAAGCAAAGUGUUCUAUUUUGAGAUAAGUCACAAUGUGCCUGCAUGACUGACAGUCCUGCCGUGUUUUGACCGAAUGUGUGGAGUGUUGUGUUGAUGCCUCGUUCCUGACAGUAUUAUUUGGCUUUGGCAGCUGUGUAGCAUGAUGGGACGGGCCUCUCUGUCUCUGUGUGUAACACUUCCCAUGUAUAUUUUUAUAUGAUAAUAAUAAAUGUGAUCAUAUUGCCGAAGGAUUUCAUCAGAAUGCUGUAGUCGAUGUUAUUGUUGCGACUCUGUUGUACAGUUUCUAGACACACUAGGUACUCUAUCAUUCAAAAAUUUGGAGCCAUCAAGACAUUUUUGAAAGAAAUUAAUAAUUUUAUUCAUUAUGCAUUAAAUGGACCAAAAGUGACAGUAAAGACAUGUAUAAUGUUACAAAAAGAUUUCUAUUUCAAAUAAAUGCUGUUCUUCUGAACUUUCUAUUCAUCUGUGAAUCCUGAAAAUAAAAUGCA